AAUCCUUUAUGUUCAGUUGUUUUGGCUCAUAAAUGAGCGCGCGCGGAAACUCGUCUACAAACGUCAAGAAAUAAAUAAACAACAAACAACAAUGGAGUGUGAAAUUAAAGAGGAACUCGCCUCAAAGUCAUCGAGUACAGAUGAUAGUGUCAGCUUUCCUCAUGUCACCGCCGUCGCCUCAGGAUGGAUGCUGGACUUCAUGUUUGUGAGUUUAUGUCGAAGCUUCAAAGAAGGAAACUUUGAUGAAUUUAACGAAACUCUGUCCGUUUUUGAAGCUCUUUUUCAGAGUAAAUCUCUUAAAGCAGAUGCCCAUAAUGAAAAAUCCUUGAUAUGUGCGUUUCUAGCAAGAGUAAUGCACGGAAAGCACCUGGAUGUCCUGUUUGAAAAAGAUGAACAUGUAAUGCCUCUGAUGUCUGCUGCCACUGUUUGGUCGAGCCUGGAAAACGUAGUGGAAGAUGAAGGCUUAUUCAAAGAGAUUACCAUUCUCCUGUUUGUCCAGGCUGUGGCCGUCUGCCUGGAGAAAGGCCAGAGGUCUUCUGCCUCCUCGGUCCUCAAGUGGUUUGAAAAAAGACACACAUGCCCUCGGAACUUGGGAAUUAAACUCUCGACUAUCGUCACAAAAGCUGAUACGUACCACCCAGUAAUCAUGAGCUUCAGCUACAACCGCCUCCUGGAGACCAUACACUCCUUCUUGGAUAACUACUUGAAAAAGAAUCCAUGUGAUUUCCUCCUCAAGACAGCUACAGGUUUUGUCCAAUCUUCCCGAAACAUGCUGGAUUCGGAGCCUGUGGAGUUACAAGACAGCACUGUCUCAGAAAAGCAAAGUGAAACAACACAGAAGAAUAAAAAAACAAAACGCAAACUGCUCUCUACUAAACUUACCGAGGCAUGGUCACCUGAUACCACGAAAAAGCUGUUUGUUUCUCUGACGCGACUCUCUGGCAGUGAGGUGUGUCACCUGACGGCGAGGAAGAACGUAGAAACCUCCACAUUGCAAAAUAGUGAAAAGUACAUGGAAAAGAAAACACGAAAGAAAUGGACUGCCCAGCUGGACAAAUACCUUCGGGACGGGGUCAAACGUCACGGGCAGGGGAACUGGUCUCGAAUCUUACUGGAUUAUGACUUUGAGGGACGCACUGGCACCAUGCUGAAAGACCGCUGGAGAGUUCUGCUAAGGAAUCACAAAGUCGGCUGAAAAGGCAGCUUCCAACCUCUUGUUUUAUCUGGGAUAAUGAAGCAGUUUGUACAUAAAACUACCCACUGAUGAGAAAUUUAUUUUUCUUUAUUUAUGUAAGAAAAUGCUAUUUUGUUUGCUUACUUUUGUCCCACACUAGUGUUGUAAAUUUGUAAAAUUGUAAAGCUAUAGGAUUUUACCGCUUCCCCAAUUUCAAUUUACAUCACAAGAGGGCGCCAAAGACAAAAAUAGUACCUUUAAAUUAGUUUUACAAUAAA